CACCUUACCACCCACGUAACAUUAUGGAAGAUAAACCUUCUGAACAGUCUUCUCGUUGGUCAAGCAAAAGCAACGAUCAAAUGCAAUAUGUACUUAUUAAACUUGAAUCGAUGGCUAUUGUUCAUAGCAUUACAUUUGGAAAAUAUCAUAAAGAGCAUGUAUGUAAUUUGAAGCAAUUCAAAGUUUAUGGAGGGUUAACACCAAACAAUAUGAUUGAAUUGCUUCACAGUGGACUACGGAAUAACUCUCGACCAGAAACUUUUCGGUUGAAACAUAGAACAAAUCAAGUUUUACUGCCAUGCCAAUAUAUUAAAAUAGUUCCACUGGCUGCUUAUGGUUCGGAAUUCAAUUUUAGUAUAUGGUAUAUUGAACUGAAAGGAGUUCAAAGUCCAGAAAUUGUUCAACAGUUCCGUGAAAAUGAAGCGAUACGUCUUUGCCUAAAGCAUUUCCGCCAGCGAAAUUAUUUGGAUGCUUUUAAUACAUUACAGUCAAAAACUAAGACGCUGCUUGAAGAUCCCUUCAUUACUGAACUGUAUGUGCAGAUAGUUUUAAAUGGUGAUUUUCAAAUGGCUGAAGAUACUAUGGUCAAUGCUGCCAAAAAGGGGCUUUUUGAGGAGUAUAUUCGUAAUUGCCCAUAUAAUCAUUUUUGGAAAAAAAUUGAAGCUACAGACGCUUAUGGUGUCUCUCCAUGCACACGAGGUGGGCAUCAAAUGUGUAUUGACGUUGAGGCUGGUCAAAUUUAUUUAUUAGGAGGUUGGGAUGGUAAUAAUAAUUUAGCUGAUUUUUGGAGUUAUGAUAUAAAUAAAAAAAAAUGGAAUCUCAUUAGUAAUAAUACCAGAGAUUAUGAUAUAAUAAAUGACAGAUGGGUCAAACUAUGCGAUAACACUGCGCUUGUUGGUGGUCCUUCAUUAAUUUAUGAUCAUCAAAUGUGUAUCGACUCGGAGGCUCAAAUGAUUUAUGUAUUUGGCGGACGCACAGUGCAUCCCGAUACGGAACCUUUUACUUAUAGUGGCUUGUACAGUUAUAAUAUAAGAUCUAAAGAAUGGAAGUUAGUCAGGCCUAGCGAUGAGUCAAAUACUGACUAUGUUCCACUUAAAUCACGCAUCGGACAUUCAAUGUUAUUGGAUCAGAAUGAAAAAUUGCUAUUCAUAAUAGGAGGAGAUCGAGAUAACACUUUUUUGAAUGACUUUUUAAUCUACGAUAUUAAUGCUGGCUUAGUUCACGAGUUAAUUGCCGAUUAUGCAACACAUGAGGACCAUGAUACUGUUUUCACACAACGCACAACCUUUGAUGUGGAUACGCAAGAAUUUUAUGUUCUUUCUGGUUUGAAAGAUAAGAAAGACAAAAGGUCUCAAGCUAUCAAAAACUCGUUUUGGGUAUAUGAUCUGCGAUUAGACAAGUGGACUAAAAUCUAUCAAAGUGAAGUCUGUGGUGCUCAAUAUUGGGAAAGCAAUGAAACAACUGAACCGCGGCCGAGAUACGCGCAUCAAAUGGUAUUCGACAACAUUCACAAAGUCCAAUACGUAUUUGGUGGGAGAGCUGUUGAAACCGAAGUACUUAAACAACAGAGACUGGAUGAUUUUUGGGAAUUACAUUUAGUCAGACCAGAACCUGAAGAUUUAUUACGGCGUAUUCAAUUCCAGAUAAGGAAGCAAAAAUUCCGAGAAAUGUGUUACGAGGGCGACACAGUUAAAGCACUUAAGUAUCUUCAAGUUCAACUCGGUCAAGUCGUAAAUCACUCGAUUGAGGCUGAAAGCGCUGAAUUCCGCGAAUUGACUUCGUACCUAUUUCACAAAAUUGGAGAUAAAACACCCGGUUCUUUUAAUUCGCGUACAGAAUUAUUUGAGAAUCUUUUAGAAUUUUUUCCGGAUACAAUGAAACAGCCAAAAGACAAUUUAAUUGAUUUAGUGAAAGUCGAGUAG